AUGGACAAUCUCUCUAGUGCCACUGAAUUCUGCCUUCUGGGCUUCCCUGGGUCCCAAGAACUACAGCACAUCCUUUUUGCUAUGUUCUUUUUCUUCUAUUCAGUGACACUUCUGGGAAACAUGAUCAUCAUCACGAUUGUCUGUGUUGGUAAGCGUCUACCCCCCAUGUAUUUCUUUCUCUCCCACCUCUCUCUUCUGGAAAUCCUGGUGACAACAACACUUGUUCCUAUGAUGCUAAGGGGACUGCUCCUUCCUGGAACCCAGACAAUAUCUCUGACUGUGUGUGUUGCCCAACUUUUCCUUUAUCUUUCUUCAGGGACCACCGAGUUUGCAGUGCUUGGAGCAAUGGCGGUGGACCGUCAUGUGGCGGUCUGCAACCCUUUGGGGUACAGCAUCAUCAUGAACAGCCACACUUGCAUCUGGGUGGUGAUUGUGUCCUGGGCGUUUGGCUUCCUUUCUGAAGUCUGGCCAGCCUAUGCCACGUUCCAGUUCACUUUCUGCAAGUCAAAUCUGUUAGAUCAUUUUUACUGUGACAGAGAUCAGUUGCUCCAACUAUCUUGUGAUAACACUUUUCUCGCAGAGUUCAUUCUUUUCUUAAUGGCUAUUUUCAUAAUCAUUGGAUCCCUGAUCCUCACAAUUGUCUCCUACACCUAUAUCGUCUCCACCAUCCUCAAGAUCCCCUCAGCCUCUGGCCGGAAGAAAGCCUUCUCCACCGGUGCCUCCUACUUCACCUUCGUUAUCAUUGGCUAUGGCAGCUGCUUGUUCCUGUAUGUGAAACCCAAGCAAACACAGGCAGCUGAGUACAACAGGGUGGCUUCAUUACUGGUGUCUGUGGUAACCCCUUUCAAACUGAACCCCUUCAUCUUCACUCUUCGGAAUGAUAAACUCAAAGAGGCCCUUAGAGAUGGAGUGAAGCGUUGCUGUCUGCUCUUCAGGGAUUAG